UACAUCGACAGUUGCGUGUCGGUCUCCGUGCCGUUCGGUGUAUUUUUGUUAACGUUUCAUAUUUUUCUUCUGUCUCUAUUCGAUUAUCAUUAAUUAUUUUUUCCUUUUUUUUAAUUAAAUCGAUAAAAUAUACGUAUAUGUAUAAUAUUAUUCUUUUAAAUACAGCACGGUGAUCUAGAAGUUCGUCGUGUAUGUGUGGAAGAACGUAGGAGAACCAUUCGUCAACGAUAAAAAAAUGGAGAACCAGCAGGUAUGGGUCCGCGACCCACAGGAAGGUUUCAUCAUUGGAAAAUUCACGGACAUGGUUGAUGGUGAUGCAUUAAUUGUGCCACUCGAUAAGAAAUAUCCACAACGCACUUGUCCUCUCGACGAGGUCUAUCCUGCCGGAGAAUACACCAAAGAUGUGGAAGAUAACUGUGCAUUGAUGUACCUUAACGAGGCCACUUUGUUAAACAACAUACGUACUCGUUAUUUCAAGGACAGCAUAUAUACAUAUGUAGCUAAUAUUUUGAUAGCUGUUAAUCCUUAUUGUGAAGUUAAAAAUCUUUAUUCGCCGAAAACUAUCAAAGAUUACAAAGGAAAAUCUUUAGGCGAGACACCACCACACGUUUUUGCAAUUGCUGACAAAGCCUUCAGGGAUAUGAAAGUAUUGAAACAAUCUCAAAGUAUUAUUGUUUCGGGAGAAUCUGGUGCUGGUAAAACUGAAUCAACAAAAUAUCUUCUAAGAUAUCUUUGCGAUCUCUGGGGAUCUACAGCUGGACCGAUCGAACAAAAAAUUCUUGAUGCCAAUCCGGUGUUAGAAGCUUUUGGAAAUGCAAAAACAAAAAGAAAUAACAACAGUUCGCGAUUCGGUAAAUUCAUGGAAGUACAUUUUGAUGCGAAAUGUCAAGUAGUCGGUGGUUAUAUAUCCCAUUACUUGUUGGAAAAAUCAAGAGUCUGUUUGCAAAGUCCGGACGAAAGAAAUUAUCACGUUUUUUACAUGAUGUGUGCCGGUGCACCGCCAGAGUUACGUUCUAAAUUAGGAAUCACUAAACCUGAUGAUUUCCAUUAUUUAAAAAAUGGUUGCACGCAAUACUUUUGUAGUCAGGAAUCUGAAAAGAAAUUAAACGAUGCGCAAAAGAGUCCUGAACAGAUAAAAAAAGGAAGCCUCAAUGAUCCUUAUUUAGAUGAUGUUGAAGGAUUCAAUGCAAUAGAUCAGGAAAGAGCAACGGCAUUAACUCGUCUUGGAUUGACGGAUUCCGAAAGAAUGGAAAUUUAUACGAUGGUAGCAGGAGUUCUUCAUCUUGGUAACAUAACUUUCGAGGAUAAUCCAGAAGAUACAAAAGGUGGUUCAAGAAUAAGUCCAACUUCUGAGAAAGCUAUUCUGAUGACUGCUAAAUUAUUGGGAGUUGAUCCUGAAGAACUUAGACAAGCAUUAGUAUCUAAAGUUAUGCAAACUAGUCGAGGUGGUAUCAAAGGAACCGUAAUUAUGGUGCCUCUUAAGGUUUAUGAAGCUAAUAAUGCUAGAGAUGCUUUAGCAAAAGCUAUUUAUAGCAAAUUAUUUGAUCAUAUUGUUGCUAGAAUCAACAAAAGUAUUCCUUUUAAGGCAUCGAGUUAUUACAUUGGUGUUUUGGAUAUAGCAGGAUUUGAAUACUUCAAAGUUAACAGUUUUGAACAAUUCUGUAUUAAUUAUUGUAACGAAAAGUUGCAACAAUUUUUUAACGAACGAAUUUUGAAGUAUGAACAGGAUCUCUAUGCAAGAGAAUCUUUGAAUGUUCCUAAAAUUUCUUAUGUAGAUAAUCAGGAUUGCAUAGAUUUAAUUGAAUCCAAAACCAAUGGUAUCUUCAGUCUGUUAGAUGAAGAAUCUAAAUUACCAACUCAUAGUUUUGCACAUUUUACCAGUGAAGUACAUCGUGCUUGGAAUGGACAUUUCCGUAUUACUUUACCACGAACUUCUCGCUUAAAGGCGCACAGGGAAUUAAGAGAUGACGAAGGAUUUGUCAUUCGUCAUUAUGCAGGUGGUGUUUGCUAUCAAACGAAUCAAUUUAUCGAGAAGAACAAUGACGCUCUACAUGCUUCCUUGGAAGCAUUGAUACAAGAAAGCAGUAAUAAAUUUCUUCGUACACAAUUUGCCAAUAAUUCUUCUCAAAAAGGAAAAUUAACAUUCAUCAGCGUUGGUAGUAAAUUUAAAACGCAAUUGGGUGAACUCAUGGGUAAAUUAAAGAGUAACGGCACAAAUUUUAUUCGAUGCAUAAAACCAAACAAUGAUAUGGUUGCACAUCAAUUUGAUGGUAACAGCAUUUUAGGUCAACUGCGUUGUUCGGGAAUGACGUCUGUAUUGGAAUUAAUGGAACAUGGUUAUCCCAGUAGGGUUCCUUUUCAAGAAUUGUACAAUAUGUACAAAUCUUAUCUUCCUCCAGAAUUGGCUAAAUUAGAACCAAGAUUCUUUUGUGAAGCUCUGCUUCACAGUUUAAAAUUGAACAAGAAAGAUUUCAAAUUUGGUAUAACACGCGUUUUCUUUAAACCCGGUAAAUUCGCAGAAUUUGAUAAAAUUAUGAAAUCAGAUCCAGAAAAUUUGAAAAAGUUAGUAGCAAACGUAAAAAAAUGGCUACUCAGAUCGAGGUGGAAUAAAAUGCAAUUCUGUGCUUUAUCCGUGAUCAAAUUAAAAAACAAAAUUAUCUAUCGUAGACAUCAUUUAUUGAUUCUUCAAAAAACUGCUAGAAUGUACAUUGCUAAGAAGCAACAUCGGCCACGGAUAAAGGGUUUGGUUAAGAUAAAGUUUCUUCAAACGCAAUUAAUACAAAUCCAAGAUAUAUCGAAACAAUUAAAGAAUCGUGAUAAAUGUGCUGCUGAUAUCAAACGAUUGCAAACAGAUCUUGAAAAUUCUAUUCGUCGUAUCAAAGAGGAUUCGAAAAUUAAAGCUGAGGAAAUUGAUACACUUUAUACGAAUCUGGUUAAUCAAAUGAACAAGCAAAUGGUGUCUAUGCAAGAUAUGGUCAAACAACAGAAAAUAGCGGAGGAACAAGCAAGAAUGAAAAAAAUACAACAGGAAUUGGAACUUGAAAAGCAUAUGAAGGAAGAGGAAGAACGUAAGAAAAAAGAGGACGAAGAUAAUCGAAAGAAAAAAUUGGAAAUGGAGGCUAGAAGAAAAGCUGAAGAGGAACAAAGAAAGAUACAAGAAUUGGAAGACCAGAAAGCUGCUGCAAUUAUUCAGGCGCAAUUAGAAAAGGAGGCUAUGGAGGAAAGCCGUUACCGUGAAUUAUUAGAACAAGAAAGACGAGAUCACGAAUUGGCUGUACGAUUAGCUCAAGAAUCUAAUGGACAAGUGGAAGAUUCACCACUACCUGUUCGAAAUGGUUCGGAUGUACGAGUACCAUCAACGAACAACAACAGGCUUAUAAGGUCAGAGCAAGUUCGCAAUCAUCAGGCAGCUAUGAUUAAUAAAAAAUAUGAUUUAUCAAAAUGGAAGUACUCUGAAUUACGUGAUGCUAUUAAUACUUCAUGCGAUAUUGAAUUAUUAGAGGCUUGUCGUCAUGAGUUUCAUCGUAGACUGAAGGUUUAUCAUGCUUGGAAAGCAAGAAAUCGUAGAAAAACUACUAUGGAUGAAAAUGAAAGAGCCCCAAAAUCCAUCAUGGAAGCUGCUGCUAAAACUCCACGAACUCCUAUGAAGCAAGCUAUAGUGGAUUCUUCGCAAAGAUACUUUCGAAUUCCAUUCGUUCGUCCUGUUGCUUCUAAUCAACAGGAUAAUUCUCAUUCCGGUGGUAAGAGGGGUUGGUGGUAUGCUCACUUUGAUGGUCAAUAUGUUGCAAGACAAAUGGAACUUCAUCCGGAUAAACCACCUAUACUACUUCUGGCUGGUGUCGACGAUAUGCAAAUGUGUGAGUUAAGCCUCGAGGAGACUGGUUUGACGCGCAAACGAGGUGCAGAAAUUUUAGAACACGAAUUUAAUCGUGAAUGGGAACGCCAUGGUGGUAAGCCUUACAUUUUAGCAUGCGAUCGGAAAAAAUGAACCGAAGAUUGUUAUUAAAAUAAUGCCGUAAGCAUGUCUCACGUUCUUCGAGAUAUUUUAUUAAUAUGCUUUAUAUUAAAAAGAAAAGAAAAAGA